AUGACCAACACCACCGAGAUCCAAGGCUUCGCCUCCCGCCGCAACAACACCUGCCUCGCCGACGAGGUCAGCUGCGGCCGCACCUGGGACACCUGGUAUGCCUGCUGCCCGGCCGGCUCCUACUGCCCCGGCAGCAAGGUCAGCAUCCCCAACAACGUCUGCUGCCCGAGCUGGACCGACUGCACCGCCCAGAUCGAGGACCCGCCCGUGUGCGCCGGCGCCCAGUGGGCCCUGUACAACUACAGCGGAUACUUCUGCUGCGAGGAGCACACCCAGGGGUUCGGGGUCAAGGAGAAGACCUGGGUCGGGUGCGCGCCGGCGGGGUUCCAGGGCGAUGCCUCGUUUUCGGCGUUGAAUGUCAUUGCGCAAGAGACGAGUGCGAGUGCGACUGCGACUGCGACUGCGACUGCUAGUUCGGGUACGGCGACGAGAACAGGAUCUGCGACGACUACUGGGGCGAGUGGGGCGGCGGUGUCUUCGACGACGACGACGACAACGGCUGCGUCGACUGCACAUUCGAACGGUGUCAAUACAGGGGCGGUUGCCGGGGGCGUGGUUGGCGGGGUGGUGGGUGUCGCUGCGUUGGCGGCCGCCAUCUGGCUGCUGAUGCGGCGGCGGAAGAAGAUGCAGUCGCCCGGGUACCAGCCGGGUGUGUCCUCGCAGCCGCAGAAUGCAGGGUUUAUGCAUGAGGCUUCCGGGGAGUCGAGGCUGGGCGAGCUGCAUAGUGAGCCCACGCGGAUUGAGCUGGUGGGCCACAAGGAUCAGUUGAGGCAUGAAUUGCCUUGA